CCAGAGGAAUUGUGUGUGAACCUGAUUUUUUGUGGACUCUUGCUUUAAAGGCUUCGCUUUCCCCAUAAAAAGUUGUCUAUGGUUGCCGUGGCACCAUGAGUACACCCAAAAUGUAAACAAGUAGGGGACCAGACUGCGGUCCAGCCUUAAUACAAAGGAAAUGUGAAGAGAGAAAAUGGGGAUUCAGGGUAAUGUGAUGCAGAGAUUCAUUAUAAAUUUAUUCUUUUUACAAGUUUCAAUUUCCUCCUUUAAUCGGGCUGUGGCAAGGACUGAUGGAUUUAAAUCUAAGCGGGUUUUCAAAUACAGAAUUGAUCAGACUGAGUCCUGCCAUAAUACAAAGGAGACAUCUAAUGAAACUGACUAAAAAAUACAGCAGAAAGAUGCGAGGCUGAUUUAAAAUUCAACUGCGUCCUGCCUCCAUCUGGUUGGUUUGGUACUUUUUUGAACACAAGAUCACAGCGCUGAGAUGUCCAAAUCACUCCAACAGUGCAUAACAUUCGAGUUUAAAAUUCUGACCUUUGAUUUAGUGCCCUCACUGCAGCAGCAGAUGAAUUUGUAAGCACGACUGGAUGUGAGUUGCAUACAAAUUUGAGAGUUAUGUCAAAAAUUUUUUUCUUUGGUAUAAAACACAAGAUAAAUGCCAAUCGUGUACUUUUUAAAAGGUGUUUUUUUUUGUCCCAGAUUGAUGUGUUGGUUAGUUAGUGGUGUUUUAUGACUGAUUGGAGAGGGCGUGAUUAAAUUCUUUUUAAAAUGAAAAAGUAAUAUGGCACCCAGGACUGAGCUCUGUGUCACGUCAGCUCUUCUACGACACCAUGAAUGAGAUGUGAAUGAAGAGAACUGAUGACAGCUUAUUACUUUUGAUUCUGAAUUGGGAUUGUCAUUAUUGUAUUUUUUCCAAUUAUUACUCCCCUAAAGACGAAAUGAGAUCACUCAUCCUGUAAUUUGCUUCAUGAGUCAUCUCUGAAUCGCUUCUCCUUCCGCAUAUCUCCCUUCUUCCUUCCUUCUUCCCCUAAUUUUGUCCUCUUUGCAUGUCCCGCUGCACUACCUUCCCCCGUCAUCUGCUCUCCCAUGACAAUCCACAUAAUAUUGCAUAAAACAGAGCUCAUGACAGUGAGUGGAUAAAAAAGUAAAGUGCCUUUACUCAGGGGACGCUUUUCUCAGUAAACAGGCAGGGUUACAUAAAGUCUACAAAGCCUCCAGAUGGACAAGGCUGAGGUCUUUCGACCAGGAGAUGCUUCCAGUAUAAUUUGUACAUACAUACACACCUGUAUGUGUGUUUAGGGUUACUUUCAUUUACUAAUUAAAGGAUCCUGCCAUAUCUGUAGUGAAAAAUGCUAGCUGGCUGAUAUUUCAUAUUUCAUAUCAAUGCAAUACACUGCAUAAGCAGAUAUUUAUGUUAGGUGUAAAAUUAGACCAACAGGGUUAUGGCUGCAUACAAAUCAGUAGUCACAUCCCUGUAGUGUUGGCUAUAGAUAUCCUUGGCCAAGAGUCAGGAGCAGGUGGCAUCUCAAGAGGCAGCAAACAGAGCUGGUCUUCACUGGACUGGAAUGUGCAGAGAUGGCAUCAUAUCUUGGAAUAAUGUGCAGAACAGUCAUCACAGUGCCAAAACUGUCCUGCCACAUCCUUAAAAGGCAGCUUAAGCUGACUUCAUUGUCCUUUGAUAAUGACAUAUCGAUGAUUUUCUGUCACUGCCAACUUGUUUAACAGUUAUUUGCAUAUUGCGAUACACAGAAACUGAUGUUGCAGUGUACCGAAGCCAAAUUCAGCUGUUAAACGAAUGAUUUACUCGGCCACAAAGUGUGACCGCAGAGGACAUCACGACAUGCAAUUAUAAAUCUACAGGAUUAUCAGACUGGUAACACUUCAAAGAGCCUGUUAGAUGUCACAAAGUAGAAGACUGUAGUUCCUAUUUAUCACUUAGGUUAUCAAGGUAGUGCUUGUUAUAACAGGUUUUGACAUAUAAAGCCACCAGUUGUUUCUCCUAGAGCCUGUGUCUUGGGCGCUAUACACUUUUUGAAAAGCCAGUACUGUUUACCAGUGUGUAAGGAUGUCCACAGGUAGCGCCGUGGCAAAGCCCUGGAACAACUUGUGCCUUGAUUAUCCUCUUUAAAUACAAAAACAGUUGGAGACAUGAUGACCAGGUAGUUAUUCCUGUAUACUUUUUUGAAGUCUGCCACCUGGGGCUCAUAUGAAGUCACUGCAUUGUAAUAUAGUCAAUGUCCAAUGACAAUGAUGUUUUCGACUCCAAUUUGCCAUUAAAUGUGAUUUUAUCCUGACCACUACAUCAUUCUACAUCAAUCUGGUGAGAGAGGACUUAUGCACUUCUUAUUUGAUAGUAUUCGGCAAUGAUGCUGUAUAAUGAAUACUUUAUGUUUAAAUAAACUGAAAGCUAAAAUUGAAUCUACAACAUCCAGCUCACAAAGUAACACAAAGUAUCUCAGUAUCUCAAACAUCUCAGAAGUUUGAAUGGACUGGUACUUAUAUAAUGCUUUUCAGCUCACAGGACACCUAGUAUUUGGUGGCUGUCAACAUCAUACACAGCCUAAAACAUGGAUGUAGUGAACAAAAAAAGUGCAUUAGUUCCUUGAACCUGCAUUCCAUCUGAAGACCACCAGAUGGCGAUAGCUCUGGUUGCAAAACGACUUCCUGUCCUAUAAAAGUCUAUGGGAAAACGUAUUUUGGUUGUUAGCGCUGAGUUUAAGGGCUCAAUUGCUUAUUUCUGAUCUUACUGAAUAAAAAAUUAAGUCUAUUCUGAAACACUGAUUGACCAAGAUUUACAAAAUAGAGGAUUAUCUGUAGGAUCUGCAGCAGGGGUGUCAAACUCCCUCAGCUGUGGCCAAAUACACUUUUAAUUUAAGUGGGCCUCCAGUGACACUCCCUUUUCUAUUAGUAUAAAGAAGUUUAGCAGCACACUUAAUCCCUGAGAUAUGUUUAUUAUUAGAAAUAUAAAGUGUAAAAUGAUGGACUGGCCUGUAAUUAUAAAACAGAAAGUUUGCCCUGUUAAAAAAACAUCAGAGACUCACACUCAUGCUGAAGAUCAGCCCGUGUUAACUUUACAGGAGAUUUUAUACACAUCUGCCUCAAAGAGAAAAAGAAGAAACAGCACUUGAUGGUGCCCCCGAAAUAAUCUUGUCUCUCACUUUACAUGAUCAGGUUUUAUUAUCAUCAGGCCCUGCUUCUCCUCUGUAGCGAGUCAGCAAGGACGAGCUUGCUAUUAUGUUUUGUCCUUAUUGUAUACAUCAUUGUUGUGUUAAUCGCACACUGUCUGCUGCAUGCCCACAGGCACAGCUGACCUCCGUCUGCUCUGACCACAGAGGAUUGUAUCAUGGCCACUGAUUCUCACACAAACACAUAAAUGUAGUGAGGUGCUUACUAUAUGUCCCACGCAUCUUUUCCCAGGAGCAGCAAGGUUUAAGAGAUACGCACACAUGCACAUGUGUAAGUACAGCUGCUGAUGUCUGCGCUUAGUGGCAGCUCUGAAGUUGGCACACAUCUGUUCAUGCAUUGAUCCAGCGGCUCUGUGCGGAUGCUCUGCGAGUGCAAAAGUAGUGUGUGGGUCUGUGUGUGUGUGUCUUUACUGUAAAGCUCACAUCUUGUGAUCUUACUGUUGAGGUUUUGUGAGGGGGGGUCUCAACAUUGUCCGCUGCUAUUCCGCAUGACACUCAUGUGCAUGCCAUGUGUGUGUGGGUGUCCGUGCAUUUGUGUGUGUGUGUGAGAAUGGAGUUUAUCCCUGGCCCAGAUGCCCCGGCUAAAUCCAUCACCAGCGGUGCUGCACAGCAGCACUAAGCUGGAACAUUUGGCACCAAGCUAGGAAUGAGGAAAAAAACACAGGAACACACAAAGAUAUACACAUAUGCAAACACACAUACACACACACAGAAAAUUGAGUUUGGGGAUUUUUUUCUAAAGAGAUUCAGAGGAAGUAGAUUUUUUUAGAGGAGGACUUGGACUCAGGGAGCGAGAUAGGAGCUCUUUUUUUUCUAAGCCUGUUGGUGGUGGAGGUGGUGGUGGUGGUGGGGCUGGGAGAACCAUUCCGCUCACUCCACCCGAUCUUUCCUUCAUCUGUCCAGCUGACAGGAUGGAGCCGUGUGAUGAUGACGACGAACUGGGAAUGUUAGCAGCUUUCCACCAUAAGAACAAAACAUCAGGCUGGCCGCCUCCUGGCCCAGGCUCCUGGGGAGGACUGCAGGGGCCCCCAUACAGUUGGGACAGCAUGAACAGCGCCAGGGAGGGACGGGAAUUCCUCACCAACCAAGUAUCGCAGAGCAACUCCCUGGAGGAGGUCCACCUAGAUGGGAUCCCUCCUGCCCCUCGUCUGGUGGAGAUGAGACGGGACCCUGUCCUGGGCUUCGGCUUUGUGGCAGGCAGUGAGAAACCGGUGGUAGUCCGCUCUGUUACACCAGGUGGUCCAUCAGAGGGGAAGCUGCUGCCAGGUGAUGAGAUCAUCAUGAUAAACGACGAACCCGUCAGUUCGGCUCCUAGAGAACGAGUCAUCGAUCUCGUCAGGAGCUGCAAAGAAUCCAUCAUGUUGACUGUUGUCCAACCUUAUCCUUCCCCUAAAUCAGCGUUCAUCAGUGCAGCCAAAAAAGCCAUGCUCAAGUCCAAUCCGGUCAAAGUACGCUUUGCUGAGGAGGUCAUUAUAAACGGCCAGGUUCCGAACCCGAUGAAGGACAACUCUCUUCUGUUCAUGCCAAAUGUCCUAAAGGUCUACCUGGAGAACGGGCAGACAAAGUCCUUUCGCUUUGACAGUAGUACCUCCAUCAAGGAAGUUAUCCUGACCCUGCAAGAGAAGCUGUCAAUCAAAUGCAUCGAGCACUUCUCCCUGGUGUUGGAACAGAGGACCGAAGGCUCUGAGAGUAAACUGCUUCUCCUGCACGAACAGGAGAUGCUUACUCAGGUGACUCAGAGACCCGGCUGUGACAAGAUGAAGUGUUUCUUUAGAAUCAGCUUUGUCCCCAGGGACCCAGUGGAGCUGCUACGGAGAGACGCUGUUGCGUUUGAAUACCUCUAUGUUCAGAGUUGUAACGAUGUGGUCUUAGAGCGGUUUGGCCAGGAGCUCAAGUAUGAUGCUGCGCUGCGAUUGGCUGCAUUGCAGAUGUACAUCCUCACCAUGACAACCAGACAGAGUCAGAAGGUCUCCCUGAAAUACAUCCAAAAAGAGUGGGGUUUGUCACUGUUUCUGCCUCCUGCUGUGCUGUCCAGCAUGAAGGAGAAAAACAUCAAGAAGGCUCUGACACACAUCCUCAAAACCAACCAGAACCUCGUGCCUCCAGGGAAAAAAUUGACCGCUUUGCAGGCCAAGGUGCAUUACCUGAGGUACCUCAGUGAACUCAGACUCUUUGGAGGGAGGGAGUUCAAAUCAAUACUGUUGCAAGGUGAGAAACAGACAGAGGUGACGCUGUUAGUGGGCCCACGUUACGGCAUCAGCCACGUCAUCAAUGCCCGCACAAACCUGGUGGCCCUAUUGGCUGACUUCAGCCAUGUGAAUCGCAUUGAGAUCCUCACUGAGGAUGAGACCAAUGUCCGGCUGGAGCUGCAUGUUCUGGACGUCAGGCCCAUCACACUGAUCAUGGAGUCAAGUGAUGCAAUGAACCUGGCUUGUCUAACAGCAGGAUACUAUCGCCUCCUAGUGGACUCAAGAAGAUCUAUUUUCAGCAUGGCCCACUGCAAUAGCACAGGAGUGGAUGACCUUAGUCAGGAACGUGUCCUGGAGUGGCCUUACAGCACAUCUUUUGGGGACAAUGAGGAGCCUGGUCAAGUAGAGAUCUACAGCAGAGACUCUGAGUACUCAGACAAUGGGCAAAGGGAAAACAGCAUUUCUCCUUACUUCCACGAACCACCAAACCCUGACAGAGACCUUGAGAACCGAAGGAGUCCGUUGCCCCCUCCUCUGCCUCCAGCUACCAGACACAAAACUCAAGACUCACCUCGGAGCGCCAAAGUGUCAUUUAUUUUUGAGGGGAACCCACCCCUCAAUAAAUUUAAGAACUUACGCUAUGAAAGACUGUUAGAGAGCCCGGAGGUACCCAACUACGGACCGCCCUACUUGCACAACAACACAUACUUUCAGCAACAGGACAGAGAGCCAUUUCAGCACGUCUAUAGUAACAUCAUAAGCGAGGAAAGUAGUGAGGAGCUAAGGGAACUAGUUUAUCGUGGCAAUACAAGUGAUCCAGACGAGGAUUCUUGUGAAGAAGAUUCCACUGGGGGGACGCCAGUGGGUGAUGAGACACAUGAUGGUAUCCAAGGGGAGGGCCUACCCACAGCAGCCGGCAAAGCUACCUUUCUCACACUUUCCGGUUCUACGGACGACAUUAUCGACCUGACGUCACUGCCUCCUCCCGAGGGCGAUGAUGGUGUUGACGAUGAUGAAGACGACACCCUGCUGCAGACGCUCAACCUUGCGAUCGCAGCACCACCACCAGGCUUUCGCGACAGUUUGGAUGAGGACGUUGCACCUGAGGGAAGGCCUCUAAGCACACGUGAAAAUGACGAUAUUCCGGUUUCACUAAUCGAUGCCAUUCCAACGCAUGGGGAGGGGGAAGGGAGCAGGGGAGGGGAGAGAGGACUGGAAAAUGCGGUUAUGAAUACACUGCAAGCGCUGCAAGCUCUCUCUGUCUCUGAACAGAAGCCUCCACCACCGCCACCACCCAGCGGUAACAAUCCAGGUGUUUAUAUAUCUCAUGGCUUUAGUCCAGAGUCAUCCUCAGACUCUGGUAAUGAGACCAACUCCUCAGAGAUGACUGAGAUCUCUGAACUAGCUGCUACUCACCGACUGAGCGAGAGCCACAUGCGUCUUCUGGUGGCCACAAGGGAAGGAUACCAACCUUUACUUGAAGAAAAAACUGAAUUUCCUGUCUCCCCCAGUACCGGAGGAACAAUACAAAAGAAACCUCGCAGUCCAACACGACACCUUCAUCCUCCAGCAGUUCCUCCAAGACGGAGCCCUCAGUUAAGCACCACAUCAUCACGGCCGAACAGCUCAGAAGUAAGGCCCCAGACUAAUCUCUCAGCCACUCUUCAGCGCCCAAGCUCCACCACACCAGGAGGCAAGCACCAUAAAAAAUCAGCAGACUCCAGCGGAAAGUAUAACACCUUCAGCACAAGGGAAGGAUAUCGAGGAGAGAGCAUUGGGAGCCGCAGCCAUCUUGACUUGGACCAGUGCACCUCAUUCUGCGAACGAGAAGACAGCCAAAGAAGGCAGGAUUCUUUUUUAGCAGAAAACUCUGUAGCCGAGAGCCAUGGAGUCAACAGCCUCCCUCGUGAUCAUCAUAGAAGUCCCCGCCCUUCCUCCGUUAUCUCUGACCGCUUCUCAGAUGUUGUCAACUUGGGGGGCUGUGAUGCAGAUAAUGGAACUUCAGCUGCUGAGCAAGAUGAACAUCUAGUUGUAGCAUCGUUGCUAUCCCCAACCAAAAAAUCUAGAUCAGGGGGAUCAGACCAGGGAUCAGACCUACAGAGUGACCAUCAGCCCAUUUCGAGACAACAGAGUGUGGCCCGGCUGUGUGAAUACCAUCUAGCAAAAAGGAUUUCAAAUCUGCAAGGAGAAGCACACAGUUCACUGCAGGGCUCUCUGUGCUCAUCACUGGAUGCUGGUGGCAGCACGAACAGUAGCGUUUGUGCUACCCCAAAUGAUUCACCCCUUGGCCCUGGUGCCAUUGAAUCAAAACACCACCAUCUGCAAAGGCACCCGCUUUCUAAUUCCUCCUCCUCGUUACUCAGGGUGUUAAACUAUGAAGAUAACAAACCCGGAACCCCCUUUGGCACCCCUGCCCAGAGUACUCAGGGAAAAGACCUCCACCCUCAUGCAGAUCCUGCCCUCCUUCGGAAAAUGCUGCCCAAUAUUCACCAACCUUCCCCUGGGUCAGAACCGGGCCGGCCGUCCUCAGCCACACCAUCUAAGCAUAAAGACCCUUUAGGAAACAAGCGACUCCAGAAUGAUCAGCAUGCUAAACAACAGGCCUGUCUGAAAGGGCUGAACCAGAAGGAAGGCAGCGAGGCCUACAGGCAAUUGAUUAACUAUCUAACAGUCAGCCAGAUGCAUCAGGGAGGGAAGUUGCAGAGUGCGGGCAUGGGAGGAGGAGUUAAAAAGGACACAAGGCGUUUUAUUACUAGCAACCCCCAGCUUGUUGAAAUGGUUAAAAAUAGGGGAAACACCAUCGCUCGCUGCCCGUGUAUGCCUUCAUCCAUAUCAUCUCCAUUCCUCAGCCCAAAUGUAGUUAACCCUAAUGCUGCUGCCAUGCAGGCAGCAAACAAAAAUGCACGGUCAUACUAUUCUGCAACACUUCCUACCAAACUCAAGAGAAGUCCUGAUAUGCAUGCUCAGAGAAGGAAUGAGACUUUAGAUUUCAGGAAAGCUACUUCUGAGAGGAGGAGCUCCUUUUCUGGCCUAGAAAGUGAGCUAGAGAGGAGUGGUCUGGACCCAGAGCACUUUCUGUCCCUCUAUAAGAGAGAGGGCUGUAACAGCCGCGACGGAGGACUUGCUACAGGCGGAAACCGUGAGGGGGGAGGUACCACUAGCCGUCAUCCACCUCGAUCAAGAAGCCAAGUUAGCAGCACAGAGGAAUGGUUCAGAUCAGACCUGAAGUCAAAGCAUGCAGUUCGUCAGUCCCGCCCUAACGAUUCUCUUUGUUUCUCUGCUGCCCCCGGUGGUCAAAGAGCAGACCUCAACACUAUCUCACUAGGAAGGGGAGACCACCCUUCUGCUUUUGUCAGGCAGGCAUCAGCUGGUCCAAGAGCUUGCAUUACAUCUCCAACACCCAAUCCUCAGAAUCCACCUCCCCCACCACCUCCCCCACCACCUCCUUCUUUUUCCCAGCCUGUUCAAGUCAACACCAGUUCCAGCAAUUCAGGAUGCACGCAGGACCCCAAUCAUUCUGUCCAGUCCCGGCCGAGUCAGAACCACAUUCAGGCUGUCACCCCGACGCUACCACACACAGAUCCCUUCAGUAGCCUGCAACGGGGCCGGGAGCUUAAACGGAGCUCUAGCAAUGUAACUGCAAGUUCUGGUAGUGUUGAAGCUCUAUUUGAGAAGCCCACCCGAAGCCGGAGCCAGCAGCCCCUGUCACUGUCUCUGCCCCCGCAAGGUGACACCAAAGUCCAGCGGAGACCAACUAGGAAGAGGCUCUCCAAGAGCUACUCCCAAGGCUCUGUGUCUUCCCACACCACGUGCUGGUCCACAGGCAGUAGGGUAGACAGUAGAAGGGCAUCUGUGGCUUUUCCAUUGCAGAAAGAUGCAAAACAAAUGAAGGGCUCUCAAAAACUGGACACAAGUCCCUGGAGAUGUAAUGGGCCCUUUAGUUACUGUUUCUUUAAACGUAAGAGUGAGGGCGAAGAGGAUGAGAUCGAAUGGGAGAGGCCCAGACGAAGUCGCAGUGGACCUGAUUUCGAGGAUAACGGUGCUGCUUCAGCCAUAUUCCCCUGCGGUUCCGCACUGGACGCUGCUGGCGAGCAGCUGUAUGGCGAGGUCCUUAAUAACAUGAGCUUCAGUGACCGACUGGCACGAAUCAACGCCCUCAAAGACCACAUGUACGGUUUCCCUUCUGGCUUCACUGAUGCCCGCCGUGAUGCCAGCGAGCUCAUCGCAUUAGUGAGAUCCAGCAUAGGUCGCUGUGAGCGCGGCAUCCAGAUGCCUAACCAGGAUGUAUCACAGUAUAAACAGCUCCUCUCCGUUGAGUCAAAAGAAUUAGGCCGGGCGUGCCGGAGGAUGGCACAGGCCCACAGCAGUCCAGAGGAAAUGCUGCUAGCCGUGACUUGUAGCUUUCAGGUGCUUUGUUGUCUCUGCGAAGCUUGCAUGUGUCUGGUUAGGGGACUCGGAGCCUCAGCCUCACACCAACAGAGAGAAGUCGUGGCAAAGGUUGACGAGGUUGUUAUGAACUAUAUCUGUUUGCUCAAAGCAGCUGAGGCUGCCACUGUUGGAGCACCAGGGGAGCACAGCAUGAAAGCCCUGGUCCGCCACUCUAGUACCAUGUCAGCCAUUGCUAACGCACUCACCCGCUCCCUUAAAACGCUGCUUAGCAAGUAGAGGCUACUCCUUAUAAUUUAUAGUGUGGCCUCUGCUGUCAGCGGGAGUAUGUCUUUAAGCGUCUUGUCGUCUUUGAGUCAGCUGUAAGAGUCAUGUAUUUUUCAUAAAGGUUUAGAGCUGUCUCCAUAUCAAAGUUUAAAAAGCAAAAGGCAGGAGUUAGACUAAACAUUAAAGUUACAUAACAUUUACAAUGAAUAGAUGUAUAAGAUGCUUAAAGAGUCCUCUGACUGCACUUGCUUUUUUUCUGAUGACAAUAUUGUAAUGCAUAUUUACAAAGCCAUACUGUCACAGACCUUUGUAAUAUGAUAUGUACCUAAUAGAAAUUAUACCCUUUUAAGUGUGCAUUAUGUAAGUUAUUUAGAAAAUGUGUAUAUAAUGUACAUAAUUAAUUAUCAAAUUUACUGUAGCAGUUUCAAGAAGCCAUCGAGUAUUCAGUUUAACCCUCUCAGGCUCAGAUUAAACUUUUUGUUGCUAAUGCACAACCAAGUCCUGCAGUGGUACAUCUGAGUAAAAAAAACUCAUAAAAUAUGUAUGUGGGGUAAUCAGGUUGUUAGUUUUUAAAUGUUGCAAAUCAGCAACGCCUGCCUGGAGAGGGUUAAUUUGCUUUGAUACUGUGCAGGGCUAGGGGUGACUUCACUUUCAGUUCAAUCAGUUCACGAGCAGCAGUUUUACAAUAACUGUAUUUAUUUUAAAAGAAAAUGUACCUCUAGACAUGUAAGUAAAAAAACAAGUUUCAUUGUCAGUCCAGUGAGGAAGCGGUAUAGUUAUAUUUAAAUGCUCUAAAAUGACUGUGUAACAGUGAGCUGAUUUUAACAGAUUAUAUUAUGAUGCUUGUUUUUCUUUCUUUGGUUUUUGUUUAUUUUACAAGAUGACUGGAAAAUUCAGUAAAAGUGUUGAACAUACAGGUUACACUAAACAUUGCACUUCAUUCACACAACCGCUUUGUAUUCUACCACUAAUCUACUACCACUUAGAUUAUUUUGUUAUAUAUAUAUAUACUUAAAAAAAGAAAUAUAUAAUUUCCCCCAACAUCAAAUAUAAACUUUGCUAAACUUAGUUUGUUUUUUUAUUACCAUCGCUUUUGGAAUGAGUUUUGUGUGUGAAUGAUUUACUAAACCACGCCGUGUAUCAAGAUGUGGUUAUGUCUCUCAACAAAGAAGAAAUCACUGCUUUUUUUCAGCAACCCACCAACCUAUUAAAAGAUAUUUUGCAGAAAAACUUGUCUUAUUCCAUGCAUCUUUGGUUUGAAUGAGUUACUACACCAUGCAAUCAUGCUGUGAUUUGUUUUGUAAAGUUUGCCAUCCUAAAAUCAACAGCCAUUUAUUUUAAUGUCUGUUUCAUAAAAGGUACUGUCUGUCAGUUUACAUGUGAUUAAUUGGGGGAUAUAUUAAAAUACCCCCCUUUUUAAACUGACAGUGAAAUGUGAAUCUAUUUAAACUAAUGUCUAGUGUAAAACUACUCAUUUUCCUGAUAUUUCUCUCACACAGUCGAAAUUUUAAGUUGUCUUUUCACAGUAAUAUUUCAGUCUUUAUAUCAGUUGAGGAGGUAUGGAUUUGGUGUUAAAGCGCAUUGCUAUAUAUUACAGGUAAUUUGACAUACAUGCAUCAACAAUCAACUGGUACAGACAGGAGACGAUGCUAGGGAUAGGGUGAAUGGAUGCAGAUGGCUUGCUGUGUUUACCCUUAAGGGGAGGAGCCAAAAGAAGAAGAAGAGGAGUGUUAUCUUAAUGCAUGCUCAAUCAUCCAGGUAAGUAAAUCUCCAAAAG